AUGAACAAAAUUGUUGGCGCUCUGCGGAGGACGUUCGGAGUGGUACGAGAGCACGUCGGGACAGAUCACCUGGGAAAUAAAUAUUACAUUAUCCCCGAACAGAAGACGUGGACAGGGAGACUCGUUCGUGCCAAGCGGAUGGUGGAGGCCUCAAAUCCCACAGAGUACGAAUAUAUGGAAGGCAGCAUACCCAUCGAGUGGGACGCUUGGAUCCGAGGCAGACGGAAGGAGCCUCCCUCUGUUGAGGAACUAGCAAAGAACCAGGCCUACAGGGAGCAGAUAAAGCUGAAGGCCAGCGAGGUGGAGGAGAAAGACUUGGCUCUGAAAGCGAAGGAAUAUGAGGAAGGCCUGGUGGCGACGCCAUCCAGGACUGUGGCUGCGGGCCAUGCGGCUGCCACUAGCUUUGGCAAGCAAGAGUUCAGCGAGGAGCCCACCAGCACCGCCAACACCUUCCAGCCGGGCUCCUGGCGACCUAAUUCGAAAUAA